AUCACAGGCAUUCACCACCAGCCCCUGCUUUCCUGCUCUAAACAUUGGAAUUUAACAUCUUCCAGCACAGGUCAUAAGUUACUUAUUUUCCAUAUUUCAUGUUCAUUUUGUCUUCUUCACGUGCCUCUCCCACUAGAAAAUAAGUUUUCUCAGGAAGGCAAAAACUUUCAAUUCACUGCUAUAUUCCAAAUGUCUAAAAUAAUGCCACACACAGAGUAAGUGCUCAAUAAAUAUCUGUUAAUGGAACAAAUGCUAAAACGGUGAGGCUAGUGCCCGCCUUUGCUCUCCAGGUGUGUCAGGCCCAGCUUCCUGGCUUGUUACCUGGUUUCUCUGCAAACAAACGGUGGAGCAGCCAGCCUGCAGGCUUUCGGACUCACCCAGGCUGGAGCUGUGGCAGGAGGCGGCAGUGCUCAGCCUGGGCUUGGCCACUGCUCAUGACCAUGGCCUUUAGGGGGCCUGAGCCCUGGCUCCCUUCGUCCCUGCUCAGCCAGAGGCUGAAGGCCGAGGAGAAGACCCUGGAUCUGGAGUUUGAGGUCCUGAGUGUGGCGUUCAACGAGGAGGGCAGAUACACUCUGCGGCUGUCUGCUGAGAACCCCCUGCAGACAGGCUCUGGGACAGGGGUGCAGUUGCGGGUGAACAAUGGGGACCCCCUCCUGGCCUGCUCUGCUGUCACAGAUGUCAUUGAGCAGCGGGAUCCUGGGCAGAGCCUCACCCUCACCAGGAACAAGUUCGUCUUUACUUUACCCAAAGGCUUCUGCAAGAAUGACGGGCAGCAUGAUGCCCAGCUGCGUGUGGAGGCCCUGCGGCUGAGCGGAGCAGCAGGCCAGCUGUGUGUGGGUCAGGCCAUCUUCCCCAUCUACCCACGGCCUGAACAGCCCCCCAUGAACCUCGAGGCGCAUGAGCACGAGGACCUGUACAGCUACAACGGCAGGCUGGCUCUGCUCCGGGCUGGCCCAGACCCCACGGCCCGCCACUGUGGGGGCCUGGCCUACAAGGUGGCCUUCCAUGUGCACCGGGGCCUGAGAUCCCCCCAGCUGCAGCAGAUUCCCAAGGAGGCUCUGAGUGAGCACAGUACAGAGGUCUCCGUUGGGUGCCUGCCCUCAAGCCCAUCCAGCCCCCAUGGUGACCAGCAGGGGCUCAGCCCAGAACCGGCACCCCUGCAGCCGCAGGUCACUGAGGGCCCGGCCCCGAAUGUCCCCCAGAGCACACCGCCUGACAUCAGCCACCUGUCUCCCUCCAAUAAGGAGACCAUUGAGGUCACUCUGCAUGGGGCUACCAACCUCCCUGCGUGCUCGGAUGGCUCGGAGCCAUGUCCCUAUGUGGUGGUGAAAACCACAUCUGAGGAAGACAACAAGCAGAGCUCCAGGGCAGUCACUUCUGUGACCUCAGAACCCACGCGAAACCCCAUCUGGGGAGACUCAGUGCAAAUGCAGAUUCCCGAAGAGGAGGCAGGGCAAGAAGAUGUGGUCCUCAAGGUGGUGGACAACAAAAAGAAAGAGGAGCUCUUGUCUUAUGGGAUCCCCAUCAAGUACUUGCGUGUCUUCCACCCCUACCACUUUGAGCUGGGGAAGACUGAGGACUCCAACAAAGCCACUGCCAAGACCCAGCUAUACGUGACCAUCAUUCGGAAAGGCAGCUUCAUCCCUCGCUACAUCGGCUGUGACCACACAGCUCUGGAGGUCUUUCUCAGGGGAGUCAAUGAGCCUCUGGUCAACAACUCCAACCCCAUGGUGGUGAUUGCCCGGGUGGUUCCCAGCCUCAGGGAGUUUAAGGGCACCCAGGCAAGCCGGGACCCGGCCUCCAGGAGGCUGCCCAUCACUCCACUCUCCUUCCCCAUCUCAUCAGUGUUGAACUUCGACGUGCCCCAGGUCAGGCAGGAUGGGUGCCCACAGCUGUCCAAACCUGGGGGGCCCCCAGAGCUGCCAAUGUGGAACCAGUCUUUCCUCUUCCAAGGCCGAGAUGGUGCCACCAACUUCUCAGAGGACACAGCCCUGGUGCUGGAGUACUACCCCGCCACUUCAGCACAGGGCAGUGCACCGUGGACCCUCAGCCAGCCCCUGGGCAUCUCCGUGCUGCCGCUGAAGAGCCGUCUAUACCGCAAGAUGCUCACAGGGAAAGGCUUGAAUGGGCUGCACGUUGAGCAGCUUCCCAUCACCGACACCACCCUGAAAACCAUCAAUGGAGAGGCGCCCACAGUGGACCUCUCCUUCCAGCUGUUCUCCUCCGAGAGGCCAGAAAACUUCUUGACACCCAACAACAGCAAGACUCUACCCACCCUGGACCCCAAGAUCCUAGAUGAGAAGCUGGGUACCAUCCGUGAGUCCUGGUCCAGGGCCACCAUGAGCUCAAUGGACUCCAGCACGUCCACCUCUCAGGAAGCAGAGGAGGAGCCUCAGAUGCCAGAGACCACGUCACAUGACAUGGAAAUGAAUAACUACCAGCGGGCCAUGCAGAGGAUGGCAGAGGAUAUCCUGUCACUGCGGAAACAGGCCAGCCUCUUGCAGGGGGAGAACCAGGUGCUAAGAAGCCGCCUGGUCCAGCAGGAGGUGGAAGAGAACAAGGCUGUUGAGACCCAGGACCUGGCAACAUCCAUGAGUCAGCAGCUGCUGCUAAGUGAGCUGGAUGUGAAGAAACUGAGGGACAAGGUGCAGCACCUGCAGAAUGAGCUGAUUCGGAAGAAUGACCAAGAAAAGGAGCUGCUGGUACAGUAUCAGGCACAGCAGCCUAAGGCCACCCUGCUGAGGCGGUACCAGGACAAGCUGCAGAAAAUGAAGGCGCUGGAGGACACCGUGCGACAGCAGGAGAAGGUGAUAGAGAGGAUGGAGCAGGUGCUGGGGGGGCGGCUGCUGCUGCGGGAGAGGAAGGAGCCCAUGCUGCCCAGCAAGCCACUGGGGAAGCCGCAGUCAGCCUUCCCUGUGCCCUCAGCCUCUGGCCUCCAGCUGGGUUCCGCAGGAGAGACAUCUGUUGACCUUUACUCGGCCCUACUGGCAGAAAACUCAAGGCUGCGGGCUGAGCUGGAAAAGAACCGCCACCUAUCAGCUCCGAUCAUCCUGCAGCAGCAGCCCCUUCCGGUGGACCCCAGGGAGUUGGGAGCAGGUGGAGACUUGGCAGAGAGCAUGCGAAAGACAGAUGGCCCCGGCCACUCCAAGUGCACUGAGACCCUGCCUGCACAGGACCUUGCAGCUUCCCGAGUUCCUGGGGUCGCUGCCCCAGCUGGGACCAAACAUGAGCUUCUGCUCUGCCCACAGGAUCUCCUUGCCAGUAUUACAGACAAGUUUAACCUCAUGGCCAAGCUGGAGCAGGCUCAGAGCCGGAUCUUGUCCCUGGAAAGCCAGCGAGCAGGCCCAGAUCCUGAUGGGCCCUGGGACCCAUGGAUCUUCCCACUACUCCUGUCCAUGUCUGCAGUUAGAGGACUCAGCCCGACGCUGGGGCCGAGAGAAGCAGAACUUGGCCACACGGCUGCAGGAGCAAGAACAUGGCUUUGCGCGGCCCCCAAACCUCAUCACAGACCAGCCUGUGAGUGACCCUGCUGCUGGAAUCCAGAUGAAUGCCUCGACCCAUGCCAAGGACCUCAUGCGGCCCUCAAAGCAGGAAGUUUUGCUGCCCGACUCAGACUCCAAGCCCAGCCGGCCCUCAGACACCCAGGCAGAGACCUUCAGCUCCCAGCACAUGUGAGCCCCACGCAGGCCUCCUCCUUCCCUGGGCACUGGGCAGUCUGAGCCUACCCCCUAAAG